AUGCAUAACCGACCCAGUUCAUUGGGUUUGCAGUGGUUCGCGCCGCUAGGAAUCGAGCUGGCAGGCAUCAACCAGACUGUAAGCGAUGACUGGGAGGUGGCCCUCGUCCGGGACUUCCAAGAAGUCUUCACCGAGCAAUUAGGCAAGUACAAGGGGUCCCCUAUAUCGUUUAAUCUCUGCCCUGAUAUAGCGCCCAUUCGCCUUAAGCCUCGUCGAGUGCUCUUUGCGCUCAAACCAAAGAUUGACGAACAAUUGGACAAGUUAAUAGCCCAGGGCGUAUUAGAACCCAUCGACCACGCCCGAUGGGAGACCCCAAUUGUAACCCCCAUAAAACCAGACGGAUCUCUGAGAAUCUGUGGGGAUUACAAGGCCACCCUGAACCACGCACUACAGCAGAGUGCCUACCCCGUGCCCGUGGUCCAACACCUUCUUCACUCACUCGGGGGCGGAAAGGUAUUCGCAAAGCUUGAUUUAGCCCAAGCGUACCAGCAGCUACCCGUAGAUGCAGAGACCGCAGAAGCCCAAACCAUAGUCACACACAGAGGUGCGUUCAAAUGUAACAGAUUCCAGUUCGGAGUGAGCGUAGCACCUGGCAUCUUUCAAAGUUUGAUGGAAAGGUUGCUGCAGGGUAUAAAAGGGGUUGUACCCUACUUCGAUGAUGUCUUGAUAGCCGCCCCCACAAGAAGUCAACUAGAAAAACGCCUAAGAAUGGUCCUUCAAAAAUUCAAAGACGCAGGCCUAAAGGUCAAGAAGGAAAAGUGCCAACUAUGCACUGAGAGGGUUGAAUUUCUUGGUUACCUUCUUGACAAACAAGGAAUUCACCCUACUGAAAAAAAAUUGGCUGCAAUAAAAAACGCCCCAAGACGUAGGAACAAGACAGAUCUCCAAGCCUUCCUGGGACUCAUUAACUUUUAUAACAUCUUCCUACCCAAGAAGGCGACUGUUGCUGAACCCCUGCAUAGGCUCCUCGACAAGAAGGCUUCCUGGUUCUGGGGACGUCGAGAAGAGCAGGCUUUCCAGCAAGUAAAAGACCUCUUAACAUCAGAUGCUAUAUUGAUACAAUAUAACGAGACACUACCAUUAACUGUAACCUGCGACGCCUCACCGUUUGGAGUAGGAGCUAUCCUGAGCCACGUCCUACCAAAUGGUACGGAGGCGCCUAUUGCAUUUUUUUCAAGAACUUUAUCUAAAACUGAGAGAAACUAUAGCCAAUUAGAUAAAGAGGCCCUCGCUAUUGUAUCUGCAAUCAAACGAUUUCACGAGUACGUAUAUGGAAGAUCCUUUUCUAUAAUCACCGAUCACAAACCAUUGCUUGGCAUUUUGGCAGGGGAUAAACCAACUCCCCACAUCCUAUCGCCAAGAAUGACACGCUGGUCGGAAUUUCUAGCCGCAUACGAUUACCAAUUAAGACAUCGACCGGGGAAAGCCAUUCCCCAUGCUGACGCCUUAAGCCGCUCACCAUUACCUGAAUUCCUAGACGAUCCAGCUCCAACCCUAUCCACACUACAAAUUGAGACACUUACUUCACCACCACUAACUGCGCAAGACAUCGCAUCGGAAACAAGGAAGGACCCUUGUUUGGCGCGGGUCCUCAGCUGGGUGGAAAGAGGUUGGCCUGAAAUCGAACCCAACGACACAUUUAAACCCUUCAAAAACAGACAGACAGAACUUUUCUCCCAAAAAGGGUGCGUGUUGUGGGGAGACAGAGUCAUCAUUCCAGAAAGGCUACAAAAUAAAGUCUUGAAACUACUGCAUGAUGGACACCCGGGCAUCGUACGAAUGAAGGCACUAGCAAGGAGCUACGCCUGGUGGCCAGGUAUGGACGGUCAAAUUGAAACCUGGGUAGGCGACCCGGUAUUCGCAAAAAACUUUACCGGUGACCCAUUGUGGGUCCCUGCUAAAAUAACACAACUUACGGGCCCCCGUUCCUACCGAUUAGAAACCACAGAUGGGAGGUUGUGGAAACGCCACAUCGACCAACUA